AAUAUGCAUACAGAAUCAUGCGUUUCUGCUUGAGAUAUCCGUGUCAGGGAAUAAUGGGAAACAUACAAUUCCCAUGUUUCCUUAUACUAGAAGCAGAACCCCAGAUGUUUCGGCGUAAAACGACUGCUGGAACGUUGACAGUCUGGUGUCCAAGAUUGUUUUUUCUUGUUUCUUUCAACCUUCACAUUGCUCAAUUCUCAUCAGGCAUUUUGCAAAUCAGGGAUACUGUGCAUCACUCUGCUGCAUUCUGUGGUACUCUAACGCAAUCACUCCUCGGCAAAGGCCCCUCUUGAUCGUAUCGUUUCCCUCUUUUAGCGAUCCGGACUUGCUUUUUUUGUGUGGGGAAGAUCUGAUGACCUGGGGUUCGU